AUGGCAUCAGGUCCCAUCAAGAUCGCAGUCCUCGACGACUACCAGGGUAUCUCUGAACCCAAGUACCAGAGACUUGACCCCUCAAAGUAUGAGGUGUCUUUCUUCAAAGACACUCUGCCCCCGUUCAAUCAUUCCGAUACCACCCAAGAUGUCAAGGACAAACUUGUCGCCAGACUCGAGCCUUUCACGGUGAUCUCCACCAUGAGGGAGCGUACUCCUUUCCCAAAGGAUUUGAUUGCCCGCCUCCCCAACCUGAAGCUCCUCUUGACUACCGGAAACCGCAACUUGGGGCUGGACCUGGAAGCCUUCAAAGAGCGGGGCAUCCCUGUUGCUGGUGCUGUCGACAGAGCUCAUGCAGGGUCGGUAGGUUCUAUCAGCACAACGGAGCACUGUGUCGCCAUGAUCCUUGCUGCGGCUCGCAACAUUGCGCAAGACGAUUUCUCGGUCAAAGCUGGUGGCUGGCAAACAGUUCCUGCCGUCUGUCUUCGCGGCAAGAUCUUUGGCACCGUCGGUCUCGGGCGGUUGGGCAUUGCCGUUGCAAAGAUCAUGUACCUGGCCUUCGGGAUGCGCAUCAUCGCCUGGAGCUCCAACCUGACACAAGAUGCUGCCGAUGAGAAGGCUCGGGCUGCCGGAUUUCCCGUCGAAAAUGAACACGGAGAGAAGACCUUCAAGGUUGUCAGCAAGGAAGAGCUUUUCAAGACGGCAGAUGUGGUCAGCAUUCACCUUGUUCUCUCGGAUCGGUCCAGGGGCAGCAUCGCUGCUGCUGACCUCGCUCUGAUGAAGCCCUCUGCCAUCUUUGUGAACACGUCGCGGGGACCUCUUGUUGUGGAGAAGGAUCUUCAGGAUGCGCUAGAGCAAGGCAAGAUCCGCGCAGCAGCUCUCGAUGUAUUUGAAAGAGAGCCUCUGCCGCUGGACAGCAGGUGGAGGACAACAAAGUGGGGACAAGAUGGAAGGAGUCGCGUGUUGCUCACGCCUCAUAUGGGCUAUGUGGAAGAAGCGACACUCGAUGCCUGGUAUGAGGAGCAGGUAGCAAAUCUGCUGAGGUGGGAGAAGAAUGAAGGUCUUACAACCCCAUUGUAUUAG